AUGUCGUAUAGUAUAGUAGAAAAGAGACCAAGAAUGAAAAGAAAAAUAGCUGAUGAAUUGUGCAAUGAUGAAGCUCUGACAAGUGUUGAAAAUAUGUACCAAGUGACUAUGUUAGAAAUCAUUGACAGAGUGAUUACAGAACUUAGUGACAGAUUUGAAUCUUUAAAUAAUGUAAACAGUAUGUUUGGGUUUUUGAGUGGUGUUAAAAUUGAAGAAAUGCAGACAGCAGAUCUAAAAAUUAAAGCCGAAAAUUUGGCAAAUAUAUACUCAGCUGAUCUCAACAUUGAUGAAUUCAUGUUUGAAAUAGAAAGUUUCAAGCAUCACGCUUUGACAGUCCAUUUCGUCGGCAUUCAAAAAUUCAUCUACAAUUUUAAAGCGUUCAAUGGGAAGGAAACAAACAUGAAAAGCAAGUUGGAUUUAAUGAAGGUGACCAACACAGAACAUUUUCAAGUUGGAUUUAAUGAAGCACUAGCAAGAUUCAACCACGUCAUCCAUCCUUUAGUACCACCAAUCAAAACUGCCACACACAACCUUCGUCAACGCAAGCACAACUAUCAAGCACAACUAUCAAAACGAUCCUUCAAUGAGCUAAAAACUUGUGUUCAUAGACAUUAUAACCCAAAAGAGUUGCGCUGGAAAACUUGA